AUGAAUUCUAUGGAUGCUGAAGGGACGCGAGCUGCUUCGAGUACUUGGAAGGAGAGACGGACGCGCUACAGACGUGGCAAGAGUGGCAGUCCAGCUUCCAGUCGCUUUGGAAGCUCGUUGGACGUGCAUUUUGAUAGCAGUGGCGUUGGAAAUGCAGCAGCUGCUGCAGGUUCCUCCUAUAAUGGAAAACGAUGGCAGAGACGCGCUUCAACAGCGCUCGAGAUGGAGAAAAGCACGACCUUGUCGUCAGGGUGGUCGACGUCUUUGGAUGGAGGAGAGGGUUCGUGUUUCUCCGAGUUGUUUCCCGUUCCAGCUUCACAUCGCAUGUUUCGAGCUGAAGCAAUGCCUGUAAAGAACAAGACGUCGUCUUCAUUGUCAUCGGCAAUGACGGCAGCAGAGUUCGUGUUCCCGACACGAGAGGAUAAUCACGCUGUUUCGUCUGAUAGUCUGUGGUCCGUGGGGGGAACAAACAAGCGGGGAACGGUUAGGAAAGACAGAAGGAACGGCAAAAGCUCGAUGUGCGUAUCGUCCAUUGGUCGGUCGAAAACGCGGGUAGCAACGACCCGAAGCACAUCCAUUUUGUGUGAUGUGAAUGAUGACAACGAGGGGAGAGCGUCAGAUGGGGGAACGAACCCUUUUGCCUUUGGUAUGCAGCAGAUUACGUCGAGUCGAGGUUCUGGUCGUGUCUGUGCAAGUCUGGCGUUAACGAGAAACGAAAGAACGGAUGAGUGUGCUGCAGCAGAUUCGUGCCACUUUGACGUCGACGAGAACCUCUUGCGAGUCAGGCCAUCUGCAUCCCCGUCGAUCCUGCCUUCGGUCGCAUCGGUGGGCUCAACGACACCCUCGUGUCACUUGCAGUCGGUUUCGACGGUGGACCCGCUUGCGGUUCGUGCGCGUGCUGUUCUACAAGACUGUAUCAGGACUCGCAAAAUGGAGCAAAACAAUGCUCGAAAGCGCUCCAUUGAAGGAUGUUUUGGUGGAAGUCAACUUGAAAGCAAGUGGUAUGGCUGGCACGAUGACUCUCUCUUGAAGCCUGUGGAGUGCGGGGUAGCAAGCCCUCGCUCAAGCUGCAGCAGUGACGAUGAGCUGAGACAAUUUUCGUUGAUGGACCAGCCGUGGUGCUCGGAGAAGUCAGCUCGGGAUUGCGACAGCAAGCUGGCUGAAGAGGAGAUUUACCGUCAGAUUCUUGUGGGAGAUUACGACCUCAGUAGUAGCCCGGAGUUUCGUAGCUUCAGCCCCUUGUUUGAAGAAAAGGGACUGCCCAUCGAGGUUCGGUACCAGCUUCCUCUGGCGCUGUGCACAGUCAACGAGACUAGCAAAGAAUGUGCGAUUUGCCAGCUUUAUUACGGCAUAGGCGACCAUAUCGUUACGCUUCCAUGCCAGCACUUCUUUCAUGCAUGUUGUGUGGACAAGUGGCUAUGGGACCACACGUCCUGUCCGCUUUGCCGAACCGAUGUCACUCUGGACCAGAUGAUGGAGGCGCCGAGCAUUACACACAACUUCACCGAGUGUUCUCCAAUGGAUCGGGAAAGGAUUCGUCGUCAGAUGCGCUCGUCGUCGCGGCAUGCAGGCUUUCGGUCUGUCGUCCCGGUGAAAGUCGAUGACUUCGAGCUGGCGGUGUCGCACAUGGCGAUCGAUGAGAACUCGGAAGUUGAAGAUGAGCUCAGAGGUCUCAUUUGCCCGACACCUCGAUUUGCCACCAACGUUCAGGACAAGUGA